AUGACACAAACCAACUCGUCGUCACUCGCGCAUAUGUGCCGUGCCCAGCCCUAUUCUCCCCAUAUCCUCAGCAACACCACCGCCAAACCCCAACACCACAACAACAUCGCCAUCACCACCGUCAACACCAUCAAGACUAUCACCACCCACUUACACCUCACCAUCAUCACCAACACCACCACCGCCAAAAUGUGCCACUGGGAGCGCGCCACCUACGCCAACUGCGGCCACAGCGAGCUGCAGAAGAUGGCCUAUUCCUGCCAAAAGUACCGCCGCCACGUCUACGGCCCGUGCGUGUACAACGCCCGCUAUGACUCGGGCAAAGUCGUCAACCUGUCCCCGGCGCUCGCGGGCUUCUGCAGCGAGUGCUCUCAGCUGUUUCAGUAUGUUAACUACGACACGUAUGAGUAA